GCUCAAAUUAAACCAUGGUGUCUAGUAAGAACAGUACUAUGGUUGGCUGGUGGAAACUGGUGGUGGCAGUGGCGGUGAUGGCGGUGUUCAUUGCUCUCUUAUUACCCCCGGCGACGGCUUCCAGAGUCCUGCCGGAGAUUGGAGUCGUCAAAAUAGAUUUUCGGAAGGUGAGGGGUGAUUCGCCGCAUGGAGGAGGUUAUCAAUAUGAUCCAUGAGCCCAGAAAGAAUGAAGGGGCGAUGGAUAAUAUUGCACUCUUAAGCUGCAUGCUGCUGAUUAAUUAACGGCGGCCGUCAGUGAUAAUAUAUAAUAUCACAUGUUGAUCUUUUAUUAAGAAACCGAUUUAGCAAAAGUAGGGUUCCACGGUGGUAUCGAUUGGUUGAUGUUGUUCUUGUUGCUUUUGUUGUAAUAAAUUUCACGAACUAUGUGUUUUUGCGAGUAUGAUAAUUAUUAUGUUUAUUUUUUA